GCAUCGUGUCUACAUUUGCCUUUGCACGGGCUCGGUUAUCACGACUCUGCUGUCUUCACUCAGUGGCUGCAGUAUUACCUCAUACACAUGGCAUCAAGACCUAACUAUCUCACCCCACAACAGCAUUGCAAGAACAUCGGGGUAGACAUAGCUUCUAUCUGGUAGCUGUUCGAAGAAGAAGCUAUCAAAAGUUCAACAUGGAAGAAACUAGCGAUGCAUCGUCCCAGGCGGGUAAGGUACCAGAUGCGCCAGCUGACAUGAGCGCUGCUUCAAGCCAGGGACCUCACUCGCACAGUGAUACCAACAACGUUGCCGACUCAUCUCAUGUGAGGGAUGCAGAUAGUGAUGAAGACAUUCCUAACAAGGAAGAACGCCAAUUGAAAUCACGCCUUCACACAAUACCAAGCAGUAAGGAUGACCCUGAUCAAGCUAACUUCAAAGCAGAAGCUGCCUCGCUCAAUGCCUUCCCAAAUCUCGAAAAGGCAGUCAUAUCGGAAAACGUUGAAGUUCUUUGCUGCCAUAAAGCUGCUGGACUGCGUGUUCUUGAAGAAUUAGCGCAAUGCCUCAGUUCAGAUGCGGAAUACUGUGAUCAUACACGACUUUCGUCUGUUGAGGCGCUGAAGAAAAGAGGCAACACCUCUAAGACAGUCAUUGGUGUUGUCGGGGGCACCGGUCACGGCAAAAGUUCCCUCAUUAAUGCUCUUCUAGAAGAGAACAAACUAGUACCAACGAAUUGCUACAGAGCUUGUACUGCUGUAGUUACUGAACUGUCUUGGAAUUUCUCUGAUAAUCCAGACCAUCGGUAUAUUGCGGAGGUCGAGUUUGUUUCCGCAGAUGAUUGGGGCUUGGAAUUACAAUAUCUAUACGACGACCUAUUAUCUGUAGGGGGCUCUAGCGACGAGCAACUCAAAGAUAGUGAUGCUCAGAUUGCCUGGGCGAAGAUCAAGGCAGUUUAUCCUACACUUAACAGGCAAGCGCUAGGACAUACUAGCCUAGACGCCCUUACGAAUAACUCUGCUGUCAAGGAUUUGCUUGGCACAACAAAGACUGUACGAAAGCAGACAGCAGCGGAACUCACCGAAGCUAUUCAGGUCUACGUGGGUAGUGGGAAGAAAAUGACUGUCGCCCCUUCCAGCCAGAAAAAGGACAGUGUACAAAAGAUGGAAGUCUGGCCGCUCGUCAAAGUCGUCCGGAUCUACAUCAAAGCUGACGCACUGUCAACUGGUGCCGUCAUUGUGGACCUUCCCGGAACAAAGGACUCAAACGCAGGUCGGGCAUCAGUUGCUGGGAAAUAUAUUGAGAAGUGUAACGCUUUAUGGGUUGUGUCUAUGAUCACCCGCGCAGUCGAUGAUCAAGCAGCUCAUGAGCUUCUUGGAGAGAGAUUCAAGCAACAAUUAAAGCUAGACGGGAAUUAUUCUAACGUAACGUUUAUAUGCUCGAAAACAGAUGAUAUCAACUUUGAUGAAGCAGCUGAUAGUUUUGGAUUGGACGAAGAAAUGCAGCAAUGGAAUGAUUUGAAACAAAAAUUGUCGCAACUCAAGUUGUCUUCAAAUAUUCAGAAGCACCGCAUGAGAAAAAAGAACCUCGCAGCUUUUGUCGAGCAGAUUGAUGAUCAUCUUGAGCUCUAUGAAGAUCUUCGAAGCGAUCAAGCGAACAGGAAAACAGUUACACCGCCUAAGAAAUUCACUCGAAAGAGGGUGCGAACUGAUACAGAAGAGCCUAACAAGCGACGCAAGCUUGAUUCAGAAGAGCUCCAAGAUACCCGGUGGGUCUCUAUUGAAGAUCUCUGGGAAGACAUGGAAAAGAAUAUGCCAAAAUUUGCAGCAGGCCAAUUGACACACCAAGAUAUCAAGUCAAUGACUGAAUAUCUCCACUCAAAAAGGAGCGCGGCAACGACUGAGAGACGUAAUCUCCAGAGAAUGAUAGUCGAUGAUGAGGCUCGCAUUGGGAAACUCGAGGAUGAGGUAUUGGAGCUUCGAAAACAGAUAGAGGUGGCAUGCGUCUCUACACGCAACAAUUUCUCUCGUGAAGCUAUUCGCGAACAAUUUGCCUCUGGGUUAAAAGAACUCGAUGAGCUUGAAGCUCAAACCAUUGAUCCCAACAACUUCGACCCAGAACAAGAGAAAAGAGACUAUGCUGAAGUUGGCCGCUCUUUACCAGUGUAUUGUGUUAGCAGUAGCGGCUACCAAUCACUCACCGGAAACGAGCAAGUAAAAGGUUUCUGCGACGUCGGCGAUACCCAAAUUCCGCAGCUUCGAGAAUUCACGAAGAAGUCAACAGAAUCAACACGUAUAUACGACGCAAAAUCUUUUCUAAACGAUCUUGCUCAAGCGCUCAACUCCCUUUAUCUGUGGUCUUCCAGAAAUGGUGCUGAGCUGUAUCUCACUGGCGAAGAGAAGGAAACUGAGAUGCGAUAUGUAACUGAACAAGUCGAGAAGCUGGGAAAGUGUCUCGAAGAGGCCAAUGAACAAUUCUUCAAACAGCUAAAAGACAUGCUGCAAGUGCUUUUUCAAUAUUUCAAGGACGCAGCUGUCCAAGCACACAAACGCUCCCGGAAGAUCGCACGUUCCUGGCCCUCCCAGAAGCGAGGCGACAAAGGCCUAAGCUGUGCGACGUACAAAGCAACAGUCCGUCGAAAUGGCGUGUUCUCGGGCAAAAGUGGUCCUCGAAAUUUUAACGAAGACCUAGCCGCACCGUUGCUUCAGCACCUUGGCAAUCAGUGGGACAUCACUUUUACCAAGAAGAUCCCUGAAGCUUUGGUUGCACAUACAAAAGCUUGCCAGCGACUCCAAGAUGAGUAUCAUGACCUCAUCAAGAGUCGGAUUCAGAAAAACCCUGCGUUUCAUGGGGUAGCGAACAUGCUUAAGGAUCAGGAUAAAAAGCGUGUUAUCGGACUUGCGAAUAAGAUCAAUUCAUUCACCUCUGACAUAACAACAAUACAGAGAGAGGCCAACAGAGCAUUCACUCCCGCGAUUCAACAAAAGUUGAAAUCGAAAUACAAAGAAUUAUGUGAAGACAAAGGUCCUGGAGUAUUUGCCCGCAUCCGAGCGGGCAUGGAAGAGGUCGUCGGGAAGAAGGCAGUGUUCUCCAGUUCGUAUAAGUCGCCGCACGCUAAGUUAUCCGAGAUACCCGAGAAUAUCCGCGAAGAACUUCAAAUUUACGUCGACAUCAUGAGCGCUGAAAUGAAAGAGGAUUACGGAAACCUAAUCCUUGGGGCUAGCACCUCCCAAGAGUCUAAGGUUGUUAGACAAAAGGUGCACGAGCUAUUGAAAGAUGUUGAUAGCCGUUUCCAAUGACGGUCUUGAAAUGCUCACAGACUACGUUGCUUGCGUUGAUUUUGCUUGCAUUUCUUUAGCUGCAAUAGGACAGCUGGCUCCUGAUUCAUACAUGAUGUGGUGGCAAAUAUCUUUCGCCGAACCCUAUCGGCAUUGGGAUUGCGGGCUUGGCUAGGAUUCUGGUCUCCUGCUUUUUAUGGAAUCACACAA